AUGGCCUUACGUCUCCAUGUGGCGCUCGUGAGUGGCAAGGAGGUGUCACUGGAGGCUUCGCCUGAGUGGACGCUGGGGCAGCUGAAGCGGCGCGCGCAGCAGGCGCUGGGCACGAAUGUGGAACUACUGGAGAAACGUGCCGCAGGCCUGAGAGCCGGGUCCUCAUUGGCUGAGAUGGGCUUCCAGGACGAUGAGGUGCUGAGCGCCGUGGUGCGCAGCCCGAACAUCGUGUCCAACAAGUGUAAGAUGCAGGUGGUGAAGAGCCCUGCCAGUGCUUUUGCGCUCAUCCGCAGCGACGGCUCCGUGGUGACGUGGGGUGGUCUGGGCGUUCCGGUGCCCGAGGGGCUGGCCGAGGUGCAGGAGAUGGCCGCGACGAGGGCGGCCUUCGCAGCUUUAAGGGCCGAUGGCACCGUGGUGAGCUGGGGAGACCCGGAGGAAGGUGGCUCGGAGUCGGUGCAGCACUUGGUGGAGGUGUCGAGCCUGGUGUCCACGUCUCGGGCCUUUGCCGCCAUCGUGGGGCCCGACGCUCGAGUGGAGGCCUGGGGCGCUCCCGGCUCGGGCGGCUGCUGCGCGGAGGUGCAGGAUCAACUGCAUCGGGUGACCUUGCUGGCCUCCACGGACGCAGCCUUCGCCGCCCUGACGGAGGACGGCUCAGUGGUCACUUGGGGCUUCGCUCCCUUUGGUGGCACGUCACCUCCAGAGGCACAAAGCAAGGGCGCACCUGUGCUGGAGAUCAUUGGGAAUGGCUGUGCUUUUGCUGCUCGGCGUGACGAUGGCACCGUGCUGACCUGGGGCGUGGCUGACCGUGGAGGGGAGGUGCCAGAAGAGACGAAGGAGAAGCUGCGUGAUGUGACGCAGCUCGCUGCCACCUACUUCGGCUUCUGCGCGGUACGAUCUGAUGGGACCGUGGUCACAUGGGGGGGUUUUGGCAAGCUUGGAGGCUCUAUCCCAGACAGCCUGCGCGGUGUGGUGUCUGUGGUGGGCUCUGCUUCGGCCUUGUGCGCGCGGCUGUGCGACGGUCGGGCGGUGGUUUGGGGUGAAGGGCCUGCAGCCACGGUCAGCGAGGGCUUGCAGGAACAACUGAUCUCAGUGCAGCAGAUUUGCGCAGGGCGCGAUGCCUUUGCCGUGGUGCGGGCGGAUGGGCGUCUCAUUUCCUGGGGCAACACUGGGGCCCAAGAGCUGGAAGGGGUGACGAGGGUCUUCAGCUCCCCGGGCGCCUUUGCUGCGGUGAUGAACGCUGGCGAGGUGCUGUGCUGGGGAGCGGCGGAGCAUGGCGGGGUGCCGGACGCGACAGCACAAGAGGCGCUGCGAAACGCAUUCCGGAAGUGCUGA